AUGGCGUUCGUUGAUCCGUCGCUCAUUAUGAGGGAUCAUCUUUAUUCCAUAGAUGACAUAUUGAAAAGAGGGAGGCCGCCUCCUUUGCUUAAGAGUGCUGAUGAAGAUAUAAUCAUUGAUGGGGAGCCACCGUCGAAAACAACUCUAGUGGUUGAUCCCGCAUCCAUAUCGAGAUGCUGCAUAGAGAAGGGCCUAUUUCCGGCAGUCCUUUUAUUCUUCCAAUAUCCAUGUGGCACCAGCAAGGGUUGGUCAGAGUGGGUUGACCAUGAAUUGAGGGACCCUUCCACUUGUGACAUUCUGAGUCGGGCAGGGGUGCUGGAUGCCAUCUUUAUUUCUAAAGCUUGCGAAAUUCAUAUUGAAGCCACGAUGCUCCGGCACAUGGUUAGGCAAUGGAGUACCGAGACACACACCUUUAUCUGUUCAUGGGGAGAGUUCGCUCCCACACUUGAGGAUGUAGCCAACCUUUUCCACCUCCCAUUUUGGGGCAACCAAGACCCCUUCCACAUUGCGCUGACUCUAGAAGAUAAACUAAAGCUUGAAACUUUAUGA